ACAAGUGAGAACUUUUUAUUCACUUUUUUUUCGAAAACUCGAUGAUCCAACAAAAAUAUGCUACCCAAAGUUUCAUCAAUACUUUUUUUCACUUUAAUUGUUGACAAUCUGAAACGAACAAGGGAAACAUCACAAGCACAAUUAUCAUCAUUAACUCGAUCAUUAAUAUCAGUUUUACUUUAUUUAUGGAUAGUUACUAUUCCAAGUUUAACCGGGAAUUCAGUUUAUCCUAAAAUUGAAACUUUUGUUGGCUCUCCAGUUGGAUUACCAUGUAACACAAGUGCUCCUCAUGAUGAUGUUGUUCAACUUAUAUUGUGGUUCAAAAAUGCCCAUGGAACAGGUUCACCUUUCCUUAAACUUGAUGCUCGUCCAACCUCAUCAUCUUCAAUUUCACCUCUUGAAUCCGGUGUAUUAACCAUAAAACCAGAAUAUGAGGAUAGAAUCUAUUUCAAUGUAACAUCAUCACCAUCCAUAUUAAACAUUAAUCCAGUUCGAGAGGAUGAUGGAAGCAUCUAUUCAUGCAGAGUAGAUUAUAAAUGGUCUCGAACUUCAAUAUCCAAUAUUAAUCUAUUUGUAAUUGUGAGGCCUUUGGAGGUUAAAAUAUAUCCCAAAAAACCUUUACUUGCCGGACAAAAGGCUGAAUUAACCUGUGAAUCUAAAGGUUCAAGACCAUCGACUAAAUUAACAUGGCUAAUCAAUGGGCAAGAAUUAAAAGAUGCAAGGUCAAUCGACUCUGCUGAUGGGCAGACAACAAAAUCUUUAGUAACAUUUACACCUAUGCCUUCAUUUAAUGGACUUUCCUUAAUCUGUCGAGCUGAAAAUCCAAAGAUAAUCAACUCUAGUAUUAGUGAUAAUUGGUUUCUACAAGUUUACUUUCAGCCCGAAGUUGCCUUGAACUUAACUAGGGGAGGUAGUGAUGGAGGAGAAGAGGAUAAAAAUGUCGAUGGAUCAAGCCAAGUCGCCGUUCCUUUUAGCUCAAUUCAAAUGAAAUGUGAUAUCAAAUCAGCAAAUCCAAAUGUAACCGAGAUCCAUUGGCUAUUCAAUAAUGAGAUUAUGAAAUCUGAUGCUUCAAAAGGAGUCAUGAUUGAUGGCAUAACACUGAAUCUUAAUAUAAGCUCAAAAUCACAGGAUGGUAACUACCAGUGUUCAGCUGAAAAUUCAGCAGGAACCGGAAAGAGUAACAUAAUUAACCUUAAAGUCCAAGCCAUUUUAGAUGGACCAACCUGUUCUGAAUCAAAUUCAGAUGUGAUUUACGAGGUGCCAAUAGGUGAAACUGUUAACAUAUCUUGUAAUAUUGAUCCACGGGUGGUGAAUGUUACUUUCUACUGGAAAUUUAUAUCAUCCCAUUUAACUGAUGAUAACAAUACAACAACAAUAACAACAACAGCAGCAACAACCAACACCAUGAACAAAAACAAGAGCAACAAUAACAUGGUUAAUGUCAAAAAGUUUGAAACAAAUUGGAAAAAAAAAUCAUCAACAAAAGUGAUAACAUCAAAUUUAUCAUCAUUUUCAUCUUCAAAUUCACCAACUUCAACCAUCAGACCAACAACAACAAUCACUUCAGCCUCUUCAUCGCCCACUUUACUUAAAUCAUCAUUUCCAAAAGACAGAAUCAUUCGUUAUCAAGUUAAUUCGUCCAAAGAUUAUGGUCUACUUUCAUGUGGAUUAGAUUCAAUGACUCAUGUUCAACCACAGAAUGAGUGCCAAUUCAGGAUAAAACCUUUCACAGCCUUACCUCAUCCACCGGAAAACUGUCAAAUCCUUGAAAACUCAUCGGAUAACAGUUACUUGAUUGAGUGUUCAAAGUCAAGUAAAUCAACUCCACCGUGGAAGGAGACUUAUUUUCUUGAAGUUUACGACAAGAAUAAUUUACCCUUAAAGUCAUUGCCAUCAUCAUCAUCAUCACCAUCACCAACAAGAACAACAUCGUCUUCGCCAAUUGUUAUGAUGAAUUAUGAUCAACCUCAUUUUAAGAUUGCCAUUUCCGAGUUACCAUCAAAUGAAAGUACAACUGCCAUUAUCUACUCAAGUAAUAGAGCUGGAAAAAGUUCACAAGUUAGUCUAAAGAUUUCAACUCAUAACAUGAUACAGAAUAAAAUCACAAAUCCAGAUUCAGGUGAUCAUAUUGCUGAUGAACUUAUUUUCAUACUAAUUGGUUUCUUAUCGAUAUUUGGAUUAAUCGGAUUAGCCAUCUACUUGUGUAGGAUAACUUUAAGAUCAAAAAGGCGACAUAAAUCAAUCGUUCCAAGUGCUAAUCAAGCUGCUCCAAAGGCGAGUCCAAGCCUGAGCUUGAAAUCGCACAAGAUCAGCCCAAAACCAUCAAAGAUAAAAACUCCUGAUGUAAUACCUUUGAGAAUCAAUGAUUCAGUUAAUGAGGUAAUUACUUACGAUGAAAAAUGGAGCAAAGAGGAAAUGAUUCUGGAUAAAAAUGAAACAAUUCUGGCAACAACACAAUUAGAUAAUUACAAUCAACUCUAUCCUGAUUACUCUGCUUCCAAUAAUUACAAUUAUCAACAUAAUCAUAAUAAUAAUAACAUUCAUGUUCAACUAAUAACAACAACCACAGGCUCGUCUUACCUUGAUAAUCAACCCAUAGAUCAUCAUGAUAAAAUGGUCAAUAAAUCUGAUGAUUGCCUUAAUGAUAGUCAAUUUAUUCCAGUUCUCAUUCAAUUUCAAGACCAUCAGCAUAUAAUGAAGAAUCAAUCGAAUCCAAUAGCUCUAAUAGAUCCUCGUUUACCAAUGACGAUUGGUAAUGGCUUGAGUGGUGGUGGUGGUGAAAUUCAACCCUUUUCAAUGUCAACUCCAGUUUAACAUUGAUAUUGACGUUGAAAAGUGGUAAAAACAAUUAACAGGCAACAACAUUUAUCCAUUAUCAUUAACAGCAUCAAGAUUAUGAUUAUAAACAUAAUUAGCAUUUAAGUGCCUCAGUUGAAAUCGUAACCAUGAUGAAAAUAUAUAUACAUCAAACAAGCCUCAUAAUCAUCAGAUUCUUGCCAUAUAUUAACAUCAAAAUCAUCUUUAAACAUUUUCCUCAUCCAUUUCCUUCAUUACCAUCAACAUCAAUAUCCAAUAAUCAAAUUGCUGAGAUGAAGGGAAAAAAUCUGAAAGCAAAAAAAAAAUCAACAAGAAAAUGAAUCAAUUAAAUUGUUGUGUGUACAUGUUUAUAUCAUAUUCUGUUAAAUAUACAACUAAUUGUAAAUUUUUGCUUUAACUUUUCUAAAAUUAUAUUUGUUAAUAAAGAGAGACACAAUUGUUAUAUUUACCUUUAA